ACCAGACAGACCAUUGCCAUUGGUUUUUAUCUUCAGAACAAAGCAAGCAACUUUUGGUGGGGUUUAUCGCAUCUCUCCACAGUCCACUGGUCACCUUUUCCUCUGCUUACUCACUCUCCGCCAAUGGAGCAGAAGCAAGACUUGGGCUACCUUCUGAACGAGGAGGCAGAGGCGGGGGAAGAGGAGGAGCUCUCCGGGAGCCUCCAGAGGAGACAACCUCGGACUCGGUCCACCAAGAACUCCUAUGCUUCCUCUGUUCCUGCAGCUGACCUUGGCUCAGCCGAAAUCACUACGACUAGCAGCAAUGUCAGUACCCUCACCUAUGAGGAGCACGAACCAGAACCUGAGCCGGUUCAAGAACAGGAUCAGCAGUAUGACCCAGAUGAAGACUUCGAGGUCCACACCGAGCAGUGGGUUAGCAAAGGCGGUCCCCGUGAUGGAGUGGACGGGGUUGUUGCAGAGGGAAGUGAUGGAGAUGGGGUUGGUGAGGCUGAUGAGGAAGAGUGGCAGCAAAGCGUAACCUUUGAGAAAGAGCAAGGUAUAGAAUCAGCCCAUGAGCAUGGAGAACCGGAACAUGGUGAUGUUGAAUUCAAUGCUUGCAUCACAGAUUGGAUUCUUGAGGCAAAUGGCCGAGAAGAUCUGAUUAAGGAUUCUGAUGAAAUAAGAAAUCUUGAUGUUGGACUAUUUGCUUCAAGGAAAGCACAGGAAAAUUAUGCGUGUGAUCUCACAGCAGAGCAAUCCAAGACCAAGGAGGUUGUAAGCCAUUUGAAGUAUGAGCAUGAGAACUCUGAGGGGAGGUUGUUAUCACCGAAAAAGUCCAACCAAGAGGAAUCAGCAAUCAGUUUUGUAGAAGAAGUUGAGCCUGAAGAGACAGAGUACGAUGUUGAAACAGUGUUGGAGAAGCAGAACACGCAUGAUUUGUUCUGCCCAAAAUGCCAUUCUUGCAUAACUAGGAGGGUUAUCCUCCGAAGGAGGAGACGGAGAGUCCCAAGGUUCCGUCCUGGAUUUAGAGGGGGAAGAGUAACACCUGCAACCGAGCCACAUGUUACCGAGCCCAUUACUGAACCUGAGGAUCAAGAUUCUGCUGCAGCGGUCAUCACCCCAGGAAGUGACAUUCCAACAGAUACUGCUGAAGAUCGCAGAAACGAUAGAGCUGAGGCCUUCAGAUGCUUGUCUUGUUGCAGCUUCUUCAUUCCUACAGGAGACGGACUUUUCCGGAUUUUUCAGAAGAGAAGUGACGCUGGAAACAUGCAGGAGCCACAGGAGGUACCUGUUGCCGUGGCCACGGAAAAUUCAUUCUUCUCUUUCUUCCAGUGGAAGAAGAAACCAGCCGUGCUGGAAGGUUCUGAUGCCCCUGAUACAACACCAGAGAAUAAGACACAGCAGAUAUUCGAUUCAGGCAUGCCGAACGAUUCUGUGCCCAAUCAAAACGGCUCUGUCCCAUCAGCUGAAGACACUGCUGUACCCAACCCGUUGCCUAGUGUAGACAAUGUAAUCUCUGAACCCGAGAAAGUUGAAGAAGGCAGAGCAGAUUCGUUCUCACAGGAUACGGAUCUGGGAGAGCCUCUUCCUAAAAUUGCUCCAGAUUUUGAUAAUGCUGUGAUUAAACCUGAUCCAGCAGAAGUAGUAGCUCCUUCGACUUCUGUUACUGUAGUGGUCGGUCAAACUAUCGUAUCAAUUGACCAAAAACCUGCGAAGAAGCCUGAAGAAGAUUUGCCUGUACACAAUGACCACUCCACUGUGACAGAAGUAUCAUCACCGUCAAAGUCUCUGUCUUCUACUACUGAACCUAAGCUAGCUGUGGUAGAUAGGGUGAUUUUUCCGAUCCCGCAUCAAAAGGUGAACAAUGAUGCGGUUAAAGAACCAGAAGAACCUCCCAAGAAGAGUCCUGGAGAUACCGUGGUCGUCACGAUUGGACCGGUAGCAGCUUCUGAAACGACAUCGAUCACUGAUACUUCCACAGAUAUAGAAAACCCACCACAAGUUGUAACUCAAGCACUUCUGAGUGAAACAAGACCUGCUGAAGUCCCUGGAGCACGUGACUUUGACAUCUUAAAGAGCAUUGUUUAUGGUGGUUUGGUAGAAUCUGUUGCCAGUCUAAGUGUCGUUUCAUCUGCAGCAGGUGGUGGUGCGACCACAUUGAACACUUUGGCUCUGGCACUGGCAAACCUGGUUGGUGGGCUUUUUGUCCUCGCUCAUAAUCUCAGAGAACUGAAGAACGAGCAGUCCAGUGGGAACCAGACUCAAACCGACGUGGAACAAGACAAGUACUAUCAGCAACUUGGAAGGAGAGGAAAGUUCUCUCUUCAUGCAACAGUAGCUGUCAUAUCAUUCCUUGUAUUUGGAUCCGUGGCUCCAAUCACUUACGGGUUCUCAUUCCGCAAAAGUGACGAUAGGGACUACAAGCUAGCAGCCGUCGCAGCUGCUUCUCUUCUCUGCAUUCUCUUACUUGCCCUCGGCAAAGCCCAUGUGAGGUCUAAAUCUUAUAUAAAAACGGCACUUUACUACUUGAUGAUGGGAUUUGCGGGUUCGGGAAUUUCCUUCGUAGUCGGUGAGCUGGUCGAUAAGCUCAUGGAGCGGCUUGGUCUGUUUGAGUCGAGCUCAAGUGCGGUCUCAGUCACUGGGGUCUUAGGGGAGAUGUCUCGGUCGGGGUCAGGAUCAGGAUGGGCUUCCUACUGAAGAGAGUUUUCUUUUUCUUAGAAGGAGGGGCUGAAAACAAUGUUCGGGAUGAUAUUUCUUCGGGAUGAUAAGGUUACUAUAAUGUUCGGGAUGAUAUUUCUUCUUCAGGAUUCAUGAGAAUGUACACGAAAUAAUUUUCCCAUAUCCACUUUGGUCUCUUAGUUGUAUUCGACGACUUUACAUUAUCGGCAAUGCAAAAUCUCUUUUUUCUAGUAA